AUGGUCAAUCCUCUUUAUGUUGCCGAGAAUGCACCGCGCGCUAUUCGAGGGGGUUUGACUGGCAUCUACCAGCUCUUCAUUGUGUUUGGUAUUUUCAUGGCUUACUGGAUCAAUUACGGUUGCAUUCAGCAUGUUACCGGUACUGCCAGGUACAUGGUUCCUCUUGUCAUCCAAGGGGUUCCGCCGGUCUUGCUUAUGAUUUCGAUGUCCUUGUGCAACGAGUCACCGCGCCAUUUAGCCAAGCAGGAUAAAUGGGAAGAGGCCAUGAGCGUGCUAUCCAGGAUCCGUGCUCUGCCUCCAGAUCACCCGUACGUGGCAGCAGAGUUCGCUGACAUAAAGUCUUCAAUUGAGGAUGAAAACGCGAUCCUCGAUGGUAUGAGCUUCAUGAGUUUCCAAAAAGAAAUGUGGCUGGUACCUGCAAACAGGAAGCGCGCCAUCAUUUCUAUUCUUCUCAUGUUUUUCCAACAGAUGACAGAUGCUCCUCAAAUAUUUGCUACUCUGGGAGUUGAGGGCUCCGAGAAUGAACUCUUUGCAACCGGAAUCUACGGCCUUGUGAAGCUGAUUGCGGUACUGGUUUUCCUCAUAUUCGUCGCCGACUCACUUGGACGUCGCAAGUCUCUCCUUUGGACAGGCAUUGGCCAAGCACUCACCAUGCUGUACGUCGGAGUUUUCGUCGCUGUGGCAAAACCACAGGAUCAAGAUGGGGGCCAGGUUACACCUGCUGGAUAUGUCGCUCUUGUCUGCGUUUUUCUGUUCGCAUGCAUGUUUCAGUUUGGUUGGGGCCCUUGCUGCUGGAUUUAUGUGUCCGAGAUUGCAACCACUCGCCUCCGUGCUACAAACGUCUCCUUUGCCGCGGCGACACAAUGGCUCUUCAACUUUGUUGUGUCGCGCGCAGUUCCUCCGAUGCUGGAAACCAUGGGCACUGGUGGGUUUGGCACCUACAUUUUCUUCUGCGGCUGGUGUCUCGUCAUGACGGCUUUCGUAUGGUUCUUCAUCCCCGAAACCAAAGGCCUUUCUUUGGAAGCUAUGAAUCACCUUUUUGGCUUCCAAGAGGACAUUAAAAACAAGCGCAUUGACACGGAAAAUGCUUCAGUUAAGAAUGAGCUUCAGAAUGGUGGUGAGUCCCAGGCUCAGCACAGCGGCAAUUCUGUACACAGGGUCUGA